AUGGCAGGGGUAGCAAAAGAAGCCGUUGUGCCCAUCGAGGCCGUUCUUCUGGGAUUGGCCAUCGUCCUCGUCCUUGCACGUCUAUGGCUUCGUCUGGUGCGGCAGCAUCAGAAGCUGACCAUUAGCGACUGGAUUCUUGUUGUUUCAUUGCUCGAUGCUAUCGCCUUGUUCACAACCGAUACCAUGACACACAACCUCGGCGGAAUGGACGAAUACGACCCAAACGCACCUGAGGCUCCCGUCGAAGAACAGAUCCGAUUGAUGAAAGUCUCCUUUGCCGGUAACUACUUUUACGAUACCGGCAUCUACUUCCCAAAGAUUGCGUUACUGGCCUUCUACUUUAAGCUGAUUCCGCCAACGAUGCCACUCCUUCGAAAGGCGCUCUACGGCGUGAGCGCCCUAACGGUGACGUUCGCCGUGACGACUUGUUUUCUAGAUACCUUCUGGUGUGGUCCAAAUGUGUCUGUCAAUUGGGACAUAGAGGGAAGCUGCAACACUUUUGACUCGAAAGAAGUUUUUCGCAUCGAUUGGGCCCUGAAUUUCGUGUCGGAUGUAUUGAUUUUUACCAUUCCAUUUCCACUCUUGCUAGGUCUUCAACUCAGCAGAAGAUACAUCAUUGGACUGGUCGCUAUAUUUUCCACGGGCAUCAUUACGAUAGGGGCGAGUGUUGGAAGAUUUGCAACCGUGGAAGCCAUCCACGCAUGGACGAACGUCUAUGUGCUUUCCAUGACGGAAGUCGCUGCUGCAAUUAUUGUCGUGUCCCUGCCCGCUUUAAAGUCGCUUCUUCAUCGCCGUGGGCUGGCCACUUCAAAGUACGGGACAGGUCAGACAGGAUCGGCCGGACGGGCAUAUGACAAACACCCGACAAAUUUCAGUCGCGGUCACAUCAAGCUGUCCUCGGGAAGGGAGUCAUAUGUGGCGACAGCGAGAGCGGUUUCCGAGGAGGAGUCGGGCAGCGAGGUGGAGCUGAAUAAUCUCGAGCGAUCGGGUGUGAUCUACAAAUCCGCUCGAUCUCUCAGCACACAAUCAACUUCUCCCGAGUCAUUACAGUCACCCGUGCCGUGCUGUUUCCUGAAGCCAUCCGACGACAUGGCGUACUUCAUAGACGGAAAGGAUUGCAUGAUAUCCGAAUGGAUACUACUGGCAACCUCAUAUGUGUUCGUCGCUCUGCGCGUUUACACCCGCCUCUUUCGCUUGCGAGAGAGGCUGACUUGGUCUGAUAUUCUUCUCGUCCUCUCUGCUAUCAACGCUCUCGCCCUCAUCAUAUGUGAUACCUUGACCUUCCGACUCGGCGUCAUGGACAAUUGGGAACCUUCCGUCACUCUCUCAAAGAUCUCCUUCGCCUCGAACUAUUUCUACGAUGUCGGAAUGGGAUUUCCAAAGAUGAGCAUGCUGGCAUUCUACUGGGCCUACUUCCCCUCAACGACCAGCCCGGCAAUGCGCAAGGCACUUUGGGGUAUCACUGCUUUUGUCUGCCUUUCGUACACGGCUAUACUCUGGGACGACACCUUCUUCUGUGGUAAGAAGGUUUCGGUGCAGUGGUCACAGGAAGAUGGCGCGUGCAGUGUCUUUUACGCGCCAGAGCCCUUCAUCGUCAACUUCACCCUCAACCUUGCCUGCUACCUCUGCGUAUAUGUCCUUCCCUUGACCCUGUUGAUUCAAGGUGUUCUUGAGCGAUCCACCGGCCUGACUCUCACUUUUGUGCUCGGUACCUUGACCAUCUUGACUACCAUCGUUCGCUUUAUUUGCCUUAAAGUUGGUACUGGUCAGGAGAACUUGGUUUACCCUCUGAGCAUUCUCGAAAUGACGCUCGCCAUUACCGUGGUUGCCCUUCCCGGAUUGAAGCCUCUGCUCAACCGUCAAUCUGCGAAGUCGUCGGUCGAAGCAGUUCAGGUCGAUCACGAAAGCAAGAACUUCUCAUCAUGA